AAAAGAAUUAAAUUAUCAAGGAAGUCGUUGAAAUGAGGAAGCUUCAGGGCUCCACCACCUCAGUGUCAGUAAACAGACCGACGGUUAACCUGCUCCAGCUGGAAAACACAGCCAGGAUUAACUACUGCUGGCAGCCGCUAUGCUGAAGGACUACAAGAACUAAAGUAGAGGAGGAUCAAACUCUGGAUCUACUUCAACACGUUAUAAACAGUUUACUGUAUCCUGGUGGUGGAACCUUGUGAGGGAACUUCCUUAAGGGAGCCACCAUCCAGAAGCCAAAAUGGCUGACAGUGUGAAUGCACUGCCAUUCUUCUAUGGCAACAUCACCAGGGAGGAGGCAGAGGACUACCUGAAGCAGGCAGGUGUGGGCAAUGGCUCGUACCUGCUACGACAAAGCCGCAACUACCUUGGAGGGUUUGCACUCUCUGUGUUGCAUUCAGGCCGCUGCUACCACUACACCAUUGAAAGGGAACCUAAUGAAACAUAUGCCAUAGCUGGUGGUAAGAGCCACAGGAGCCCCGUGGAUGUGAUUGACUACCACUCCCAGGAGAUGGAUGGCCUUGUGUGUCUGCUAAAGAAGCCCUGCAACAGGCCCAAGAACAUGCAGCCAAAGGUGGGGCCUUUUGAGGACCUGAAGGAAAAACUGAUCCGGGAGUAUGUGAAGCAGACCUGGAACCUGCAGGGGGCAGCCCUGGAGCAGGCCAUCAUCAGCCAGAGGCCUCAGCUGGAGAAGCUCAUUGCCACCACUGCGCAUGAAAGAAUGCCCUGGUUUCAUGGAACAAUAACACGAGAAGACUCUGAGCCCAGGCUUCAAAAUGGCUCCCGUACAAAUGGAAAAUUCCUGAUUCGACAGAGAGAUUUGAAUGGAUCCUAUGCUCUGUGUUUACUGCACGAAGGACAAGUCAUGCAUUAUCGCAUCGACAGGGACAGGAUGGGCAAGCUCUCUAUCCCAGAUGGCAAGAAGUUUGACACCCUGUGGCAGCUGGUAGAGCACUACUCAUACAAACCAGAUGGCCUACUGCGAGUGCUAACAGAGCCCUGUCCGAGACCUGAUGGAGAAAUUGGGCGGCCGCUACUCCCACGGGACCAUCCUGGACUAAGUUCUGCACUUCAAAAUGCAGCAGGUGGAAUUCUCUCCAGACUCAAAACUGUUCCCAUACCUGGCCGAAAAAAGAGCCGGGAAUCUCGACACAACACCACAGAUAAUCUCAAUCCUUAUGAAACCAGGGUACCCAGUAAUCAAGCAGGCAGCAAAGAGGCCAUGCCAAUGGACACGGAGGUAUACGAGAGUCCAUACGCAGACCCAGAUGAACUGAGGAGUUCCACAGUAGAUCGCAACCAGCUUUUCUUGGAAGAUGGAGAACUGGGCUCUGGGAAUUUUGGCACAGUCAUGAAGGGCAUCUACAAGAUGAGAAAGACAGAGAAGCCAGUUGCAGUCAAAAUUCUGAAGAAUGAUGAUAACAACCCUUCAGUGCGUGAGGAAAUGCUGCGAGAAGCCAAUGUCAUGCAGCAGCUGGACAAUCCUUAUAUCGUCCGGAUGAUCGGUAUUUGUGAAGCAGAGAACCUCAUGCUAGUCAUGGAGCUGGCUGAGCUGGGACCUCUCAACAAGUUCCUGCAGAAAAACAAGCAAACAACCAUAAAGAACAUCACAGAGCUGGUCCACCAGGUGUCUAUGGGGAUGAAAUACUUGGAGGAGCAUAACUUUGUCCACAGGGAUCUUGCUGCCAGGAACGUGCUGCUGGUCACACAGCACUAUGCCAAAAUCAGUGACUUUGGCCUCUCCAAAGCUGUCGCUGAGGAGCAAAACUACUACAAGGCCAAGGGUCAUGGGAAGUGGCCAGUGAAAUGGUAUGCUCCUGAGUGUAUAAACUACUUCAAAUUCUCAUCCAAAAGUGAUGUGUGGAGCUUUGGGGUGCUCAUGUGGGAGGCCUAUUCCUACGGCCAGAAACCAUACAAGGGAAUGAAAGGAAAUGAUGUCAUGCAGAUGAUUGAAAGUGGAAAGCGUAUGGAUGCUCCAAUGAACUGUCCACCAGAGAUGUAUGACCUCAUGAGAACCUGCUGGACUUACAAGGCAGAUGAAAGACCUGGAUUUACCAUAGUUGAACCAAGACUACGAGAGUAUUAUUAUGAUAUUGCACAGUGAUUCUUCACUUGGAUGUAAUAAGACUGCAAAAUGCAAAAUGUUGGUUGAUAUGAAAAACUGCAAUUACUAAUAUACAAAUAACUGGAAAUUGUUAUGAAAUAUAAAUGCAAAUGUAAAAUUUUGACUUCCACUGGAGAGUCCAGCUCCUACAUCUUUGUUACAGCUAACAAACUAUACAACACAUUAAUUUCAUAGAUGUGUCUCAUUCUGUAUGUGCAUUAUAUGUAUUAAAGCUUCACCACUGAAAUGUCA